AUGACGCAGUUUGACGAGGCUAGCAUUGCUAAACUCAAAGUCGUCGAGCUCAAGCAGGAGCUCGAAAAGCUCAACGUCGAUAUCCCAAAAGGCGCUAAAAAAGCUGAUCUUGCGGCGCUGCUCCGAUCCGUCACCAUCGAGGCAGUCAAAGAACCAGAAAACCUGGAAGAAGUAAAUGACGAUCUCGAAGGAGACGUCGAUGACCUUGAAGCUGAUCUUAAAGCAGUGACAGAGGAAGAAACAGCAAGCCAGGAAAAGAAUAGCGAAGAGAAUGAAAAUGCCGAGAGCGCAAUACCUUCAGAAAACACUGAAGAAGCUGCGGAAAAAACGAAUAAUGAAGCUGUAAACGGUGAAUCCGAAAAGAGUGAAGAUCAGAGUGAAAAAAUGGAAGAAGGUACUGACGAAUCCAAAGGAGCCAAGGCCCCCGCGGAAGCCAGUACUGAUGAGAACGCUGAACCAGGCGAUGGGGGUAUUGAGCUGCACGCAGACACAGCCGAUCUCGACGCAGAUAAAAAAGAAGAGGAAGAGAAGAAGGAGAACACCGAGAUUGGUGACCCGCCGGUGCCAAAAGAACUGGGCGACGUUCGAGGCGAGUCGCCCGAACUUGCCCCGCCGCCCGUCAAGAAACGUAGAGAAAACCCAUCCCACGAUUCGAACCGAUCAGCUUAUCGCCAUUCUGAGCCACGGCGGCGAUCAGACUACAAGGACAGAUCGCCCUCUCGUCGCAGCGUCAAGAUGGAGCACGACCCCUCUUGGGACGAUUCGCGGGUGGAGAUCUCGCCCUACAUGGCCGACUUAAACAUGAAAAUCACAGAAAGGAAUCGAUGUGAAAACGUCAACUACGAAGGGCUUGGGUAUUGCUUCGCCGGAGCAAAAGCAACUCACGGUGUUCGUGGCGGAAAGGUCUGCUUCGAGCUUCAUAUCUCCCGCGAAAUGCCCACCAAGCAUCUUCAUCCAGACGAAAAGUCCCUCUACUGGUGCCGGAUCGGUUGGAGCACAGGCAUGUCAGACUUGGUUCUCGGCGAAGACCAAGGCUCGAUUGGAUUUGACUCUCACGCAAAGCUCGCUUACAACAAAAAAUUCAUGGAGUUUGGCAGCACGUUCAGACGCGGCGAUACAAUCGGGUGUUUUCUGGAUCUCACCGAUCCAAAGCAAAUCACUAUUGCUUACACAAGGAACGGAAAACAACAGUUGACCGACGACGGGGCAGAGACUGUCACUUUUAACCGAGAGGAGCUUGGCUGUGCCGAGCAAAGCGCAUUUUACCCUCAUUUCUUGAUCAAGAAUUACUCCGUCCAUCUGCAUUUCGGUCGCCGAAGCUCGACUUAUAAUGAUAUGUGGGAGUCAUCCCCAAAAUCGCUCAGAGAAUACCGAUUAAUCGGAGCUGUAUCUGCCGAGGAACGAAUCGCAGGCCCAAAAGAAUCAGAAGACAAGAGAAGCUGCUCUGUUAUCAUGAUGUGUGGUCUCCCAAGCUCAGGGAAAACAACGUGGGUGGACAAAUUCAUGAACGACAAUCGCGCAAAGCAUUUUCACUUGAUCGGCAACGAAUCAAUUAUGGACAAGAUGGCAAUUUGCGGCGAAAAACGCGAAAAGUACUCGAAUAAGUACGGGACGCCUUUCGAAGAGCUUCAGUCCAAAGUCAUGGGUGCCGUGCUGCGUAUAAUGGAACGCGCCAAUCGAAAGAAGCGAAACUACAUUCUCGACCAGGCAAAUAUCUACAGAAAUGGACAUGUCAAAAAGAUGGGCCCAUUUGAAGGCUUCCACAGGCGAUGUAUUGUGGUGGUGCCGUCCGAAGAAGAGUAUGAAAGGAGAAGGAACAAAAAACAGAGCGAAGGAGGCAGAAAGAUUACCAAUGAAAACAUGAUGAAGUGGAAGGCGGCCAUGAGCUUACCAGAGAAGGACGACAAUCUCUUCGAAAAGAUCGAAUACCUCGAUUUGCCAGAAGAAGAGGCAAAGAAGCUCGUUGCAAAAUACAACGAAGAAGGCGACGCUUUCAAGAAGCUUCAGGAUGAAAAAUACGGCCGCAGCGACGACCGCGAUCGUCGAUCUGAUUCCAGGAAUCCCCGCUCGAGAGAUGUCUACUCCAAUCCGCCCCCUGUUUUGUAUUCUAACUCGCUCCCUGGUGGAGAUCAAAACGCCCAGCAAUGGCAAGAUUAUUACAAAAAGUAUUUUGAGUGCUACGGACAGUACCCCAGCUCGGCACCUCCUCCAGUCGUUAAUCAAACCUACUCAAGCGGCUCUGGCUCUGAUACAGCUGCGCAAUGGCAGCAAUAUCACCAGCAAUACCAGCAAUACUAUCAGCAAUAUCAACAAUUCUAUCAGCAGCAGAAUCAGCAGCCGCCUCCGUCCAAGUAA